AUAAAGAAAACUGGUCUGGGACAUCGGCGUGGUGUGGCCUGGGCGGAGGCGCCGCCGCAGGCCCAACUGGGCACCUGCGGGGCGCGGGAGCGCCGUGGGCGUGCAUCCUCCCUGGCCCGGAAGGGUGAUGUGGCUGCACCAGCACCGGCUCCGCUGUCUGCCAUUUUCAAUUUUCAGAGUCUGUUGACUGUAAUCUUGCUGCUUAUAUGUACGUGUGCUUAUAUCCGAUCCUUGGCACCCAGCCUCCUGGACAGAAAUAAAACUGGACUAUUGGGAAUAUUUUGGAAGUGUGCUCGAAUUGGUGAACACAAGAGUCCUUAUGUGGCCAUAUGCUGUAUAGUGAUGGCCUUCAGCAUCCUCUUCAUACAGUAGCUUUGGAAACUACCAGCAUGGGAUUGCCAUCGGACUGUGGAAACAAGGACUUGCCUCCAGAAAAUAAUGGGAAGAAUGGUUAAGCCAUUUAUCUCUGAACAUGGAAUGAGAUAAAUUUCAAGAUGCUGUUCUCUAUUUUUAUGCUAUUGGACCAAUGAGCAAUGUAAAUAGUUAAGGUGUGAUAGUUUAAAACACAGGAAUGUUAUUGUAGCGAUCAACCUCAGUUCUGUCACUGCAGAAUUAUACUCUGCAAAUGUCAUUCUGUUGUGUCGGGGCUGCUUUUCUUAAGGUCCUGAAGCAUGAAGUGGAAACACAGUGGCAAGUUUUACAGACUCCUUUCACUAGGAAUUGAAAUUGAUGUCUUCAUAGAAUGAGACCUUCUAGGAACUGACCUAUUUUUAUUGAGAAAAAUUGUUCUAUUUUUGUUGUUGUUACUGUUCUUAUAGAUUGCAUUCAUAUUUAAACCAUUUUCAUUGCUAACCAGAGCACCUCUAUUCUUGGGGAAAAUCUGUAGUUUAUUACAGGUGUUUAAAAUAUUUUAAACAAAACUCUGUAUUUCUUUAAUUAGCAUAAAACGUUGGGCUUCUAGUCAAAUGUGGUGAAAGAGAUAGCUGCCAU